AAUCAAUCGUUUGCAAGGUUUUCACUUCCGGUUCAUGAAAAGGGCAACAACCAUAAUCCGAACAUUGUUACAAGCUACCAAAGAACUUUUACCACAAAAGUCAAAUCAGUUUUCCAAAAGUAACAAACACACUAGUACCUUAACGAUAACUAAGAUUAUUACCAAGUAAUUAGAUACAGGUUUCAGGUGGAUUCAUUUGUACAGAUCCUGCAGUCAUGUCUGAAGAAGUGAUCAUCGUGGAGUGGGCAGAGACUGGUGCAUCAGAAGAGGGAUGUCAAGCCCAACUCAUUACAGACAACGCCUCUGCAGUGUUGCCCGACAGCCUGGUCCAGAAUAUAUUGGUGAACACUGUGGUACAAGGCCAAGAGGAGGAUCAUGAACUACUAGAUGACAACAGCAAUGACCUCUAUUGUGAGGAGUGUCAUUCCUCCUACAAAGACCAGUGUGAUAUCCAAGGUAGUCUGUCCUUCAUGCUGGACUCUCCCACUCCAGUGGGCUUACCCCAGAGGGCCCUCCUCACCCUACCCCACGGGCUGGUGGUGGGCAGGUCCAGUAUCCCUGGGGCAGGCCUGGGGGUUCUAAACCAAGGAGCAAUUGUGGCCCCAGGAAUGCACUUUGGCCCCUGUGAGGGGGAGGUGACUACCAGGGACAGAGCAGUAACAAGUGACUACUCCUGGGAGGUUUGGAACAGUAAGGGUGAAUCUGAGUACAUUGAUUCUGCAAGAGACACUCAUUCCAACUGGAUGAGGUACGUUAACUGUGCUCGUAAUGAAGAGGAGGGUAAUCUCAUAGCACUCCAGUACAGGGGGAUUGUUUUCUUCCACUGCUGCCGCUCCAUCCUCCCAGGAGAUGAGCUCCUGUUUUGGCCUGGGGGGCGAUUCAUCGACAGGUUUAGGGACCCCUCUGACCAAAUCUGGCUGCGAAAGAUCACCCCUUCAGAGGUUAAUACAGAUUUAUCGUCUCAGGUUUUCCCCUGCUGUCAGUGCCAGCUUUCUUUCACCACUGAGACCUACAUCCAAAGACAUAAAGAGCAAUUCCACCCUCUGGACCUAUCACCUGCAUCUGCACUGAGUGAGCUUGAAAAUCACCUUUCUAAAAGUAACAUGAACCCAGACCCUAUAUUGUCCUCUGUCCGUAAGUUGAGCUACCGGUGCCCUCAGCAUCCUAAGAGCUUUAAGAAGAAGGGCCACGUCCAGAGAACCAUGCGAGCUGUCCACUCCAACGUCAGACCCUACUGCUGCCCCCUGUGCAGGAAGUGUUUCGCUCAGGGGUACGACCUGGCAAGUCACCAGCUACGAGUUCACGGAAGGAAGAAAAAGACUGGAGUGGUAGAGGUCAGAGGUGAGAGUUCGCUCCCGCCUCCUGACAGCGCCUGGGAACCCGAGCCUCCGUCCAAUGAUCAACCUACAGCGACCCAGACAGGGAGAGCUUCCUCACAGAGACUGAGGGACCUCAGGGUAAAGUCCACCAGGAACUCUAAAGCCAAAACUAAGGCAAACACACCAAAACAAGGAGAAACCAGUACCAAGAAGAGGUUCCAUUCAGAUCCCAAUCCAGAUGCUCUGGACAUGGAGGAGGAGAGGAUAGAGGCUGUAGGAGAGGCACAGUACAGCUGCAGUGAUUGUCAGAGAACCUUCGGCAACCCAGAGUCCCUUAAAGCCCAUCAGUGCAUCCGGGUCGUGGUGGGGCCCCCGCUGUACUCUUGUUCUACAUGCAGGGUUACCUUCAAACGGUACACCACCCUGAAGAAGCACAAGGUCAACAAGCACCCGAAGGAAAAUAUGCUUUAUUGCUGCACCCACUGUGGGAGGUUCUUCAGUCAGGCUGCCGGUCUACAGCACCACCUGGAUGCAGAAGUAUGUAAGGACAUACAGCUGAGCUCUAAAGCUGUUCCUUGCUCCUACUGCCAGUUCUCCUUCACCGAGGAGAGGUACCUCCGGAAGCACGUUAAGAGACACCACCCUGAUGAGCAUGUCUCUCAGGCCACAGGCCUGGGCUCAGGGCUAAUUCAGUCGGAGCAGAAGGCAGGAGAAGUCCACCUGUGCUUGCAGUGUGGACAGAGCUACGAGCACGUUCAAAGCUUCAAAGCUCACCGGUGUUUCCAGUCAGACGCAGCCAAACUGCACUUGUGCAAUGACUGUGGGAAAAGUUUCUCUUGUUUCUACAGCCUUAAGCAGCAUCAGCGGAUUCACACGGGAGAGAAGCCAUACCGCUGCUCUUACUGUGAGAAGUGUUUUAGCCACUCUGGACAUCUGAAUGUACACGUGAGGAUACACACAGGGGAGAAAUCUUUCCUGUGUACUGAGUGUGGAGAGAGUUUCCGUCAGUCUGGGGAUCUGAAGCGCCAUGAGAGAAAACACACUGGGGUGAAACCAUGUACCUGCCCUGAAUGUGGGAAAAGCUUCAGUCGACCUCAGAGUCUGAAAGCUCACCUGAUGCUGCACAACGGAGAGAGACAGUACAAGUGUGAUCAGUGUGGGAAAAGCUUUUCACGAAAUUAUCACCUGACGAGACACCAUGAAAAGACACACUCAUAAUUUGGUUGUAUCACAGAUACACUAUUGACUAUUGUUUCUUUGAAAGCACUUGGUUAAGUUGAUACAUACCCAUUGCAACAUUCACGGCUGAGAAUACCAGUACAUUCUACAACAAUUCAUGUAAAAUAAUGUGAUUUUUGUUCAUACUUUGGUUUUCUAAGAAAAGAAUGGGUUAAAGGCACUACAACCCUGCCUCCCUACAAGCUAUGGGUAUUGAUCAUGUUCCGGCCUCAAUUAGCUAUGUUUAGACUGUUGUGGUCCAUUUUUGCUGUGUUCUAGUGUACUAUAAAAUAGAUGGCUCUCCCAUUCUUAAUACCUAGCCCAGUCAUAUUCAAGGUUAGAACUACCUUUCUAGGGGUUCUGAUAAUUCUAGCCUUGAGAUGCAUUUUUAAUAGCAUAUCUACAGUAUUUCACUUUUUAAUGUGUAUAGUAUUGUUUACUAGGGAUGUCCAAUGAAUUAUGUUACCACUCCCUCUUCAAAUCAGGGCUGAUUGGAAAAAGCUGUUGAAAAGAGGACAUUGUAUUGUCAUAUCUUUGUACUCCCUGACGAAGGCCACUCAGCCGAAAGGCGUCACUUUUUAAACUGUUUCCAUUGAACAUGUCAUACAAAAAGGCUUUUUAAUGAAUUAUAUGAGGAGUGCCUUGGUCUUCCUUUCUUUUUGAUGACCAAUGGGUUUAUUAUUCAUAAUAUGCCAUUUCCAAUUUCGAGUAGAAUAUAUCUCUAUUGUCCCUGGAGUAUAAUUCAGCUUGUGAUCUGAAGAUGAGGGAAAUGUCAAAUGGAAGAAGUUAUUCAAAAAUAACUGACUUCAGUAUCACAGUUCACCAUUUAUUGCACAAAACAAUGCAAAGCAUGUGCCCUGUCCAAGCCUAAAAUCUGAUGAAAACACUCAUGAGAUACAGUAUGUGUUCAUAUAACAUUAUCUAACACUGUCUUCAUAAAAUCCCCCAGGUCUAGCCUCUCUGAAAUUCAUUCCUCCUUUCCAUUCCUCCUUUAAAUAAAUAAAGGUCAAAUUAAAAUAAAAAAAUAAUCAACA